GGGGGACAUCGAUCCAAAAAUAUUAGAUUACCCUGGAUAUCGGUCGUCCAGGUGCUGGAAAAGUGCAAAUUAUUCCCGCGAAAUGGUUAGGGUCAUUCAAGCCCAGAUUCUUAUAAAACUAGGCUUGAUCGACCCCAGCUGUGCUCACAUAUUGAAAUGAACGUCAAGAUCAGUCGAUGUAACAACUGUUUGAAGAAUGGAAAUGUUUACCGUCCUACUCCGAAAAUACGUUUCCAACUGAUUAAUCGGAUAAUGGAUCGAUCAGGUUUCCGAUUAAGCGAUUAUGAAAAUCCAAGGUACGCCCUGAAACCAUUCCUCAUGACCCCUUUUAUUAGGGUUGACAGUGAAGCAAAGGAAAGAUAUCAACAGGCACACACUCGGACAAGGGCCUGCAUCGAGAGAGCAUUUGGCAGGCUUAAGAGGAGAUUUCAUGUUUUACAUUCAGAGAUACGCCUCAGACCAGAAAAGGCAUGCAAGGUAGCUGUGGCAUGUGUAAUCCUACAUAAUAUUGCAGUGGACAUGAACAUGCCUAUGGACGACGAUGAGUUCAUUCAGCCACAGAAUGGGAAUGAUGGAGUACACCAAGAUGGUGGUACUGGCGUUGCCACUAGAGACUUCAUUGUGGAAAACUUCUUCUCUGUGUAG